CGCAGGCGCUACUCUCUCGGGAUGGCGGGGCUGCUGCUCACCGCGCUCGGUCUUUGUCUCUUCAUACCUGCUGGUGAGUCUCAAGUCUUUACCAUCCACGUAGAACACAGCCGGAUCCAUGUGGCCGUCAGGGAACAUGCGUUCAUUUCAGUGCGGCCGUCGGCCGAGAUCACGGGUGGAAGCUGGGCUUUCGGUGGGGUAACAGUCGCCCGUUGGAUCGCUGAUACCGUGUCUUAUGGUAAUGGGUAUAGUUCACGGGCUGAGUUAUUCACCUCCAACGGCUCGCUCCUUCUGCAGUCGGUGAACGCCUCGGACAGCGGGGAGUACCUUGUGACAAUGAUUGCAAAGGGCGGCUCUCCAGCAUCAGCGAACAUCACUCUGCGGGUCUUUUUUGGAAGUGAUCGCUCUCCCGGAGGUUUGUCAGCUGGAGCGACGGCGGGGAUUGUUGUUGGCGUUUUUGCCGGAGUUGCGAUUGUGGGUGCACUCGCUGCCUGGUUAAUCAAGAGAAAUUCAAGCAGGAUGAAAGUUCCGGAGAUACAUCACAGGAGCAUAAAACCAGGAGUAAACAAUACCUUGGCUACGGAUGUUGCAGACUCAUCACAGAUAUAUGAAAAUAUGCCAAGGCAUCAAAAGAGCACCGCACACCCACCCAAUGAAAACUCCAUUUAUAUGGGGCUGAUAUUGGAAGAUCAAUCAGUUUACAGCGAACUGCGGAGGUAUGAGCGCAGAACGUUUGACAAGUGAUACAGGAUGUAUUUAAAAAGGAAACAUCUGCAUUCUUAAUCACGUCUA